AUGGAUUUCAUACAUCAAAUGAAGAGGAUUCCAUUUUCUCGUAAAAAUACUUUAAAAUAUCGGUUCUCUGCACAAAGAACAAGAGCAAUAGUACUUAUUGUCCAUUCUGCCGCUCAUACAACAACGGAUUGGAAUGAAAUCUUGAUUCAGACAGAAAUGAUUAAGAAAAAUGAGCGCAUCUCUGAAAUUUGUUCAUGGUUUAACGAUGCACAGAUUUCAUUAAUGAAAUCCAACUGGAAAUAUAGGAAUUUGAGGAAUACGUAUAUGAGGAAGCUACUUAAUGACUGGGCAGAUUGA